AUGAAAAAAAUGAAUUUUAAUAUUGUGAAUUAUAAUUAUAAUUAUUUUAAAUAUUUUUAUUUAAAUAAAUGUUUUAUUAAUAUUUAUAAGUUUAAAAAUAAUUUAUUAUUUAAUUAUUUUUUUUAUAAGAAUAAUAAUAUUUUUUGUAAAAAUAUUAAUAAUAAUAUAAAUAGUUUUAAUAAUAAUAAAAUGUUAUAUAAUGUAAAUAAUAAUUUUUUAUAUUUAUAUGAAAUAAUUAAAUAUAAUUGGUAUAAAUAUUUAAUUUUAGAUACUAAAUAUAAUUUAUUUGUAAUAUAUAAUAAUUAUAUAAAAUAUUUAUAUAAAUAUAAUAUUAAAUUAAAUUUAUAUUUAAUAAAAAAUUUAUAUAAUAUUAAUAAUAAUUUAAUAAAUAAUAAUAUUAUUUUUAAAAAUAAUUAUAUUAUAUAUAAUAAUCAAAUUAAUAUAUAUUCAUAUGAUUAUAUAAAUUUAUUAAUUAAUAAUAAUUUUAAUAAUAAGAUUUAUUAUAAUUACAAUAAUAAUAUUAUUUAUAAUUUAUAUUUAAAUGAUAUUACUAUAGGUUUACAAUCUAUUAAUAUAAUAUUUGAAAAUAAAAAUAUAAAAAAUUAUAAUAUAUCUUUUAUUUCUAAAGAUGUUUAUAUAAUUUUUCAUAUAAAAUAUUAUAAUUAUUUAGAUAAUAUUAUAUAUAUAUAUAAUAUGUGUAAUAAAUAUAAAAAAAAUUACUUUAAUUAUAAAUUAAAUUUUUAUUCAUAUAUUUUUGAAGAUAUAAGUUCCAUUAUAUAUAGUGGAUAUUCUUUAAAUACAGAUUUUUAUUCUAUAAAUAAUAAUAUAGAAAAAUAUUUUAAUUAUUUAUUAAAAACUAUAAAUAUUUAUCAAUCAUGUAAAAGUUCUUUUAUAUAUAUAUAUAAUAUUUUAUUAGAAUCUAUAAUAAAACAAUAUAAUUAUCAAAAUAUAUAUUUACCAUCUAUAUAUUUUGAACUUAUUAUAAAAAAAAUGUUAUCAUGUAUUAAAAUAAUUUCUCAUAAUUUUAAAAUAUUUAAAUACAAUGAUAUUAUACCUUUAUAUUUAAUAAAUAUAAUUAAUUAUUCUUUAAUUUUAAAUAAUAAAUAUAUUUAUAAAUAUAAACCUAUUAUUUUAGGUAUUACAAAAUCAAUUUUAGCUAAUUCAGGUUUUUUAUCUAAUAUAAGUUUUCAAAAUACAUUUAAAAUAAUAAAUUUAAAUAUAUUAAAUAAUAAAAUUGAUUGGUUAAUAGAUAUAAAAUCUAAAAUCAUAAUGACUGAUUUAUUACCUAUAGGUAAUGGAUGGUAUAGAUAUUUUACUCAAUAA